AUGCGUGAUGUCGCCGUGCACGAGGUGUUGCCUGCCUUUGGCAAGCCAGCAGCCGACUUGUUCGUAGUAGUCCCUGAUGGUGAGGACUGCCACAGGGCUGCGAGUCUGUUGCCGAAUGCAACCGAGAUACAUUGCAUUCCGGACCGACCAUUUUCAGCUGCUGAACAGAAGUGGCUGAAGGAAGGACCAGGGCUAUGUUGGGAUCGCGAAAAGAUCAUCCUACAACUCAGGCUAGUGAGCUACUGCGGGAACAUCUUGAGGCAGCGAUUGCAGGCCGGCAUUUCGUAUCGGUGGUGGCUGCGUGUGAGAGCGGAUGUUCUUUGGCACCGCUUUCCAUCACAGCAAGCAGAACUGCAUGCUCAAGGUCCUGGCAUGCUCCUGUUCAACUGGAUGCCUAUAUGUCAAUGGCAGGCGUACUGUGACCACUUUGCAGCUGGCCCGUCGUCGUUGAUGCUGCGCUUUUUUGACUUCUACCAUUAUGUGCUGGAGCCGAGGAAUUGGCCCGAGUACGAUUUUCCACAGGGUGACAAGGUUUUGAGAAGGUAUUGGGCGCACGACUGCAACUACAUCGAGCUCAUUCUGGAAAAGUAUCUGGGUGGUCUUCAAGUUCCUGUACGGUACACUCGAAGCGUCUGCUUCGUCCGGCUUCGUCAAUGUGGCCAGCAGCCCAUGGAAGACUACUGCACUGAGGCUGCACCUGGAGCAUAUCCCGAUGACCUGAGCAAGUGGCGCCAUUUGCACCUGAAGGGAAUGGAGGUGCUUCCUGAGCAGACGUUCCCUCGGCACUAUGAGCAUGAUCCUGGCCUCGCUGCCAAGCUCGUCGAUGUCUUUCACGCGGAGCAGCAUGUCCUGGGAAGACCGCCAAAGAUUGUGGAUCUUGGCUGUGGCCGGGGCUCGCUGGUGGGAGAGCUUCGCAGCUGGGGCCAUCUGGCUGUCGGGUUGGAUGCCAACCCGCUCUUGACAGCCACGCUGAACGAGUAUGGCGUGGUCGCCGACAUCACUGACAACCUGAGCUUCACCAUCAGCACGGCACACCCGCGCUGUAAUUUUCGCCCGCACCCUUACAGACACGCUCGCGGCUUUGAGUUCGAGGAUGCGGGGCAGUCUGCUGGCAAAGUUGUUGACAUGGACCCCAGAAAUCAGCUCCAGGACAAUCCACUAGCCUGGGUCUACUGGAUCAACUAUAUCGCUGGCCGCUGCUGUGGUCAGCUGGCUUGCGUUGGCUUCGACACCAAGGGUCUGCUGAAAUGGAAGCUUCCGAACAGAGAGGCUUGGGGAAGAAGCGACGAGGUUUGGCUGUACGAGAAGUAUCAGACGGUUCCAUCAGUUGAGGAGGCUCAGGUCCAGACUCCCUUCAAGAACGGCCCCGGAGUUCUGGUUCCGGUUGAUGAAGGUGAUGCGACUAUGGACUGGGUGAUCUCCUUGGACGUGGGUGAGCACAUCGCUGCCCAGUCUCAGGCCACCUUCCUUCAGAACUUGCGGAGACUGGCUGGCCAGGGACUCAUUCUGAGCUGGGAUCCCUUGAAGAGGCCGCCCGUUGAGGAGAUCGAGGCGCUGGGCUUCACACGGGACCGGGAGCUGGAGGACCACCUCCGGCUCUUUGCAGGCAUUGGCCUCAGGGCCUACUUGCGCCACAGUCUCCUGGCCUUCCGGCGCACCGGUGCCUUGCAGCCCGCAAGCUGCCACGUGGAGCCGGUGCCUCCGAGCCACCUCUGCGCGCCGGCGCUGACCUUCGGGUGCCUGGAUAGCAAGCGCAUCUGGAUACGGGGGCAUUGCGCUGGGGUCUUCCGGCGCUGGAAUCCGAAGUCCUCCGGCGUUGAGGAAGCGGAAUGCUUGCUGACAACCACCAGUAUCCACGGGUACGACGAGUGCGAGCUCCCAGAGCCCCCAUCCUCGGAAGUCGCAGUGCAGGCAAAGCUCUCUUCGGGCUCUUCGGGAAGGAUGCGCUGGAAGAAGGCUGCCUUUGACUGCUUCAGCGGCUUAGUUCCACACGAGCAUUUCUGGAACCUUCAAGGGCUGUUCAUGACCAGCAUGUACGACAGCGCCGACCCGCUUGUACGCCUCGGUGAAGGUAUCUGGGAUACAGAGACGUGUGGGACUCUGGCGGUGGCCUUCAAGCUUUACAGGCUUCUCUGGGCGCCGUGGGCUCACUUUGUCACCAGCCUGCAGAGGGUUUGGACAAGCGAGACACGCUUCUUGUUGACGGCCUGGGAAUGGCAGAGGGCACCUCAUGCGGGCUGGGGCUGCUUGGUGGCCUCCGUGCUUCGUGCUGCUGCUCGGCGCAGUGCGGCGCUCUCCACAUUCAGAAGCCGCCUUGCUGGGCCCGCACGUCGCCUUCGACGUUCCUGUGGCGUCCGGUGGUCUGGGAAGCGGUGCCAGGAAGCGAUGCAAUGCACGAAGAAGGUCAUGGGGCAAGCUUUUGCAAGACUUCGCCGGCGACCCUUCCUGGAAAUGGUACAGGAUGGCCAGAACCUUUGGAGGGUGCUGGCUUCUAGACGUCACCCGGAUGGACGACGUUGCAAUGAAGUCAGGACGCCCGCAUUUCGUCGGUACCUUCAGAGGUUGGCUGCGUGGGCUCCGGAGUCGGCUCCGGAGUCGGCUGGACGGUGGGACGACAUGGGACGACCCCAGGUGUGCACAGAGAUCUGCGGAGACUCACGGAUGCAGGCGGCCGAGAAGUUCAAGGGAUUUUUGUCCGGCAGCGACCAGCGACGCACGGUCACAGAUGUGACUGCAUGUUCGUUUGCCUUAGAUGCUUUUGUUGACUUCCAGUUGAUCCGUGAUCUCCAUCCAAUGAAGCGAAUGAAGGCAUUUUUGCUGUCAGCUGCCAUUCUGAGCGCCGACGCGGCGAAGAUAAAGAGUUGGGUAAACGAGAGCAGCCAGGCAGACUGCACACCUGUUCAGUCCGAGUUGACCAAAGACGUCACGCUCUCCUAUUGCAAAAGCCUGAUUGUCAACAAGGUGAACAGAGGACCAGAUGCCAAGGCGUGCUUCGACACCGACACCCCGCACGUGAGAAAGGCGCUGGCGAACUUCAUGUUCAACCACUGCGGGGCUUGGUACCUGUACGACUUCCGGGAUCCAUCCUCUCUGUGCUGGUCGUGGACCACGAAAGGCGAUUGCUUCCAGCGAAGCACCGCAUGCAAGACCCACAAGGAGCAGGGCUUGGUCGCAAAACGGCACAAGAAGCUCUGCAAGGCGAAGUGUCUGCCUGCGCAACCUUCACUGACCGAGAAGGUCACGAGGUCGUAUUGCCCAGAGCUUGUCGUCAACAAUGCAAACUAUGGCCCAGAAGCUGUUGCUUGCAAAGACAAGGACACGGCCUUGGUGCGAAAGGCCAUCGCCAACAAGAUGUUCCACCACUGUGGCGCCCACUACCUCUACGACUUCGACAAUCCGGCGGGCACUUGCUAUGCUUGGUCUGGCACCUGCUGGAAGCAAGAAGCCCGCUGCAUGGGCCACAUCGAGCAGCGCAGAAUGAUUGCGCGCAAGGCGAACCUUUGCGAGGUUCCUAUGGUGGCUGUGGAGGGCAAGGCGUGUGAUGCAAAGCCCUACACGUUUGACACAGCUGCGGGCUGUGAUGGGUGGAGUGGACUAACGGAAGAACAGUGCAUGGAGAAGUGCAGCACUCAUGCAAAGGCAAAGAAUUGCCCUCGCAAGACAUGUCGUGGUGCUACUUUUUAUCCGAAGACUGGGUGGUGCCACUUGCAGGAGUCCUGUGUGGAAACCAAGCCCUCUGACACUGCCACGGCUAUCGUCGACAAGGUACCGAUGAAGGACAUCAAGGGCGCGAGGUGCAGUUCCAAGCCUUACACGUUUGACACAACGGAUAAGAGCAACGUCUGUGACGGGUGGAGCGGCUUGACGUUGAACGAGUGUGCGCUGAAAUGCUCCGGGAAUGAGCAGGCCAAAAACUGCCCGCAGAAGACCUGUGCCUUGGAGCGAAAUGCCCUGCGAACAGCUGAAGAGUCAGCCUGA